AUGAGGACAACCUGGAACGAAGAAUGCCUGCGCAAAGCUGUCGCAACCAUCGGCAAGGAAAUCGAUUUCAGCUGCAUGACCUCUUCGACCUCUAAUAAGGAGGCCGUCUCUCAUCAUUUGCCAGAACCACUUGGUGGCCCAGCGGUCAGUCGUAAGAGGCGAAGCCUUGACAACCGAGCCGCAAGUCUUCCUAAUCCGCAAGGCAGCCUUCUGGACGUACAGCGUUUGGAGAACGCAGUCUGGCGCCUUUGGCCAAGAGAACAAAGGGCGUGGCAGCCAUGGUACAGUGUCCUGCCUGACGAAGGCGAAAAGGCAUCAGAAGAGCUUGGUUCGCAGAUUGAUCUUUUGCAAGUACAGCGCCUGCUCCACAAGCAGGAUGUGCUGAGUCAAUUUGCGCUCCAACUCGUGCAGAGGGCGCAUAGCAUUGGGGCGCAGUCCACGGAGACGCCGGCCACGCCUCGGAGUCUGGCAAGUUCAGCCCCAGAGGCAGAGGACGAAGAAUCCACUGGAUGGGCUGGAUGGAUGGACGCUGCGGUUCCAACCGUGUGGAUUCUUGGUGGUGUGCUCAUGGCGGACUCCAAAGAGAACCUUGCAGAGAUGGGUCCUGAAGCGGAGAUUGAUGAGCAACCCGAGAUUCCAAUGGUGAAUGGCCGCUUGACCACAUCCCUGGCUGUGAAGGUGGCUGGUGGCGACGGGAGCCCAUAUACCGCUGGUCCGGGCACCCCCACUGGUGGCCAAUUCAGGCAGACUUUCACGCCACGGGAGUGCCCCAAGAGCGGCUGCCCGCAGCCGCAAGUUGGCGUUGAUGGAUACCUGCCACAAAGGCGUUGGUCCGACGCAGCAAGUUGGCCCGAUGGAAAGUUGCCAGUGGCAAUGGACAAUGUGGUAUUACCCCCCACAGACAACGUGCUGCUGGACAUUGUGACUCCAAAGUUGCAUUGGGUUGACAUCCAGGGCAAGCUCGAGUUUGAUCGUGCCCUGAACACCACACUCAACGCGCAUUCCUUGAAAGUUUGGGGCAAAUUGGAGAUGGGAACUGUGGACAAUCCAAUGCCAGCGGCCAACAAGGCCGAGAUUGUCCUUUGGGGCGCCGAGCAGGCCAUCACGGUGAUCAUGGUGGAAGGACUCUUCUUGGUCAACAAGGUCAUCGCUGUCUUGGGCGAGUUCUCAGCUGUGGGAACCCCUCGCACCAGCAAGGCAUGGACGAGACUGUCUCAGACUGCUGCAGCAGGUGCCACGCAACUCACGGUUCAAGGCACUGUCACAGACUGGCGCCCAGGGUCUCAGGUGGCGAUCUCAGCCACGGAGUAUCCAUCGCCGCCUCAGACCACCGAGACGGAGGUGAGAACCAUCUCUGCUGAGCCGGUCUAUGACGCAGCCACGGACACCACCACACUGACGCUCAGCACAGCCUUGACACAUCGCCAUUUUGCCGGAGUCAUUGACAGUAGUGCGGAGAACAUCCACUGGCCCCAGCCCUUCUUGGCGGCCGCUGUGGCCUUACUGGAUGGCCGAUCCAAUGUAGUGAUCCGAACCGGAGAGGAAUUUGAAGAACACGGAGGUGAUGUAGUGAUUGGCGGCUCUUCAGACGGCAGAUGGGCAGGAAUCGCCACGAUUAGCAACGUGGACUUCAUCCGCAUGGGCAAGUUCUGGUAUCAAGCGCCAGCUCUGAAGUUCAACUUCCUUGGGGGCCAGAAGAACAUGUCCCGGGUGGAGAAUUGCGUCUUUAGCCAUUCGCAGUCUGGGGCCAUUGAGGCCAACUAUGUCUCUAAUUUGGAGAUUGUGGACAAUGUCUUCCACAGGACGACGCGAACGGCAGUGUGGAUCCGAGGGACAAGCAGCCAAGAUGCCAUCGUCCUCCGGAGAAACGUGGCCAUUGAAACCCUGCGUCACCCCAGUGAGAAUACAGAAUGGAUCAGACAUUUCGGCGCCUACUACUUGGAGGUCCGCCCAGCAGUGCUUGCGGGAAAUGUUGCAGCAGGCUCCUGCGAUACCGGUUUCAUCCUGCGGCCCCAAUUGGCGGCCUGUCAGAAGGGCGAUGCUGGUAACGCCAGGUUACAACAGGAAGAUCUCAACGAGGCCGUCGCCACCAUGACCGGUGUCUUCAUCUUGGACGGCUGUCAGGGACAAUGCAACGACUGUGCACAAGUGCACGGUUUGGUAGCCUGGAAAUCUGCACAUGGAGGUAUCAUGUCUGGCGACCAGAAUGCCAAUGUCAGGCUGGACACCAUACUUCUUGCAGACAAUCAUAUUGGAAUCGCUCUGCGCUUCCUGCGCAACACCGCUGAUAUGGACCACCGGACGUACAGCUACAACGUCAGCGUCUACGGAUCAACUCCAGCUUCCACUUGUGAUGCCUCCAUCGACUGCCGAGCCUAUGGUGAAACGGAUGCGGUGGGUUUGGCCUGCAACUCCGUGCUGGCGGACAAGUAUCGCCGGGUUGGCAUCAUGACGCACAUGAUGAACAACAUACCCAAGUUCUGCGAAGCAAAGGGAGUCGAACCUUGCCGACCACCCACCACACCAAUAAAGAUGUGUGUGAUGCCCUGGGAGGAACGCAUGGGCUCUGCAGGCUCACGGUAUUCGGAGUCUCACUGGGAUGGUAUCACGUUUGGCCAUUGGGCUGCUGAUGACUGCGGCCGUCCGUCGGUGGCCUUCACGUACAACCCCACAAACAUUGACGUUGCAUACCCGCAGUUCUUUACGGGUGUGGUGUGGCUUCCGACCGUUGAGGCCAAUGCAAAAGUGUUCUUGGGCGAAUCCACCAUUACGCACAACAGCGUCACGGCAACUGGGGAGUUCGAUGGUGUCAACCAGUUGGUGCUCACAGAUGUGGAUGGCAGCCUGCUUGGUACCACAUCAAGAGAUGCAUCGAUGGUGACCGUGUACAAUCCAGCACUGGCAAUCCAGAGCUGCACGGAAGUUGCCUCUUCCUACUUUGACUGCCCUGAUCUCCAGCUUCGUCUUCUGACUUGGGAGGCUGUUGGUGGCCCGUCCCACCGUGUCCUAAGCAAGUUCAAGGCCUGGCGAGCAUCUGAUGACAGAUCCACAUGGUCUGCUGGUCCUCAGGAAGAGAAGGCGUGCCUGCCGGUUGGAGCUGAGCACGAUAGAAGUUGGAAAAUACGUCCAAACGACCUGUACAACCUGACGAUGUUCACCUCGCCACCGAAGAAUCACCGGCUUUUCUGGUUCAAUGACAACCCGGAUGAGACGAUUCGACUCGAUAUUUUCCUCACCCAGCCUUUCCGACUAGAGGUUUACGUGGACGAGGUUCUCAUGUCCGAAGACCUGUACGACACCGCCAAGAAAUCUCCAUCGCGACUGCCAGAACUCACGGACCCUCACGGCUCGUAUGCGUUUGACCCACAAGCGCGACGAUUCUACCUCAUCAUGCAGGGUGGCAUUUUCAAUGGCAAGGCUGCCACCAUCGGUGGGGGGUUCAUCUCGUUGCGCUUGCUGCAGGUGGUGCAGAUCACCAUGUCAGUGGCCAUCCCCUUGGCCGACUUCGAUAGCGUGGAACAGAACAAGUUUGUGAACAACGUCGCAACGUUGCUUCAAAUUCCGGCCUCGCGCAUCAAGAUUGUGUCUGUGCAAUCCAAGGCACAAGUGGCCGCGCAAGGCGGUCGGCUGCUGCAGGUCGUAGAAGCUGUCGAGAUCGAGGUAGAGGAUGCGGGCAGAAAUCUCCAAGAUGAAGGAGUGGAAGUGAUCUUCCAGGUGAUCGAGGAUGAGACCGUGAGUGGCGGCACGGGAGGUCCCGGAGCUGAUGAAUUCAGUGGGGCGGCGAUCCUGGAGUUGCAGUCUUUGAUUGAGACCUUGUUGAAUGCCUCUGAAACUGGCACCCUAUCCUCAUUCCUGGGAUUCAACGUGGUGCUGGAAAGUGUCGAGCUGACUGAUGUGCCCACGGACGCGACAGAUAAUACGGCUGGAAAUUCCACGGUGACCCAAACCACCGUAACCACCACGUUCACGUCCACGGCAACCACCUCAACUUCAACCACUGAUCCGAACUCAACAACUGAAGCCACGGAGGAACCCAUCGAGGACCCCACAGGUGCCUUGGUGCAAUCGAUCCUCAUUGGGGCUGUCGUCGGUAUUGGAGUUGGAGUCCUUAUGAUGAUAAUCGGUUACCUCGUGAGAAGAAGAAUGUACUCGCGCAACGUCCACGCUUCCUAUUCAGAGGGUCAACAAGAGGCCCUCAACCCAUGAGGAGGACCCUAAGACUAAUCAAGAUGAACAAGGGAACGCAUCAAGUCACAGCCGCUCCUGGCCAAACUGGCAGUGCCACCUUGGUUUGAUGCCGA